GGUGGCGGCGGGCGCGGGAGCCGGAGAAGAUGGCGGUGGCCGUGAGGACUCUGCAGGAGCAGCUGGAGAAGGCCAAGGAGAGCCUGAAAAACGUGGACGAGAAUAUCCGUAAGCUCACCGGACGGGACCCGAACGACGUGAGACCCAUCCAAGCUCGAUUGCUGGCCCUGUCGGGCCCAGGUGGAGGUAGGGGCCGUGGCAGCUUGUUGUUAAGGCGUGGAUUCUCGGAUAGUGGAGGAGGACCCCCAGCCAAACAAAGAGAUCUUGAAGGGGCAGUCAAUAGGCUGGGCGGGGAGCGUCGGACAAGACGAGAAUCACGCCAGGAAAGCGACGCAGAGGAUGAUGACGUUAAAAAGCCAGCUUUGCAGUCUUCAGUCGUGGCUACCUCCAAAGAACGAACACGUCGAGACCUUAUUCAAGAUCAAAAUAUGGACGAAAAAGGAAAACAAAGGAAUCGACGUAUAUUUGGCUUGUUGAUGGGCACUCUUCAGAAAUUUAAACAGGAGUCUACUGUGGCUACGGAAAGGCAAAAACGGCGUCAGGAAAUUGAACAAAAACUUGAAGUUCAGGCAGAAGAAGAGCGAAAGCAGGUUGAAAAUGAAAGAAGGGAGCUGUUUGAAGAGAGGCGAGCUAAACAAACAGAACUGAGGCUAUUGGAACAAAAGGUUGAACUGGCUCAAUUGCAAGAAGAAUGGAAUGAGCAUAAUUCUAAGAUUAUUAAGUACAUCAGAACCAAGACAAAGCCCCAUUUGUUCUAUAUUCCUGGAAAAAUGUGUCCAGCUACUCAAAAGCUAAUAGAUGAGUCACAGAGAAAGCUGAAUGCAAUAUUUGAAAAUAGACGCAAUGAAUUUGCAGAGCAAAUAAAUAAAAUGGAGGCUAGACCUAGAAGACAAACUAUGAAGGAAAAAGAACACCAGGUGGUGCACACGGAAGAAAAGAAGGUGGAACAAGUGGGUAAGGUGGUUCAGCGUGAGGAAGAGAUGGAGGAGACAGGUAACCAGCACAAUGAUGUAGAAAUAGAGGAAGCAGGAGAGGAAGAGGAAAAAGAAGUAGGUGCAGCUCAGAGUGAUCCCGAGAAAGAACAGGAAGAGGUGGAGCAAAAACAGGAACCCGAGAAUAAAGUGGAGGAGGACAUGGUGGAGGUGCGGGGGAAGGAGAAGGAGCAGGAUAGUCACCCUGAAAAUGUGAUGGAUUUUAGAGAGCAGGGGGACGGCGUUAGGGUUGUGGAUAACGAGCAGGAAGCUAUGGAAAUAAACCAGGUAGAAAGGGUAGAGCCUUUGGAAACUGAGGCGAGCAAAGAAGCAGAGGUGGAGUGUGUGACCCAGUCCGAGAAGGAAGGUAAGCCUAGUUCUCCCGAAAAGGAAAGUGUCAAAGUUCCAGCAGUGGAACUGAAACCUGAGGAGAAGCAGGAAAAGGAACCCGAAGCCCAGUUAGACCCCGAGCCCCCAGUGCAGCUCAGUGCCCCGGCGCAGGCCCCGGCCCCGGCCCCGGCUCCUGCCCAGGCCCAACCUCAGCCCCAGCCCCAGCCCCAGCCCCAGGCCCCGUCCCAGGCCCCACCCCAGCCUCAGCCCAACACCUUGCCACCGCCUCCUGCUCAACCACUACUCCAGGCCAUUCAAGAACCAGCGCGUCAGGUUGGCAAGAAGGAAUCGGCCGUAGAGUCGGUAAAACUGGCCGAAGCGCCGCCAGACCAGCCGCUGGCGGUGCCUGGCGAGAGCAAGGUCAAGACGCGCAGCAGGAGCAGGGGAAGAGUGAGGAACAAAAGCAGUAAGAGCAGAAGCAGCAGCAGCAGCUCCUCCAGUAGUAGUUCAAGCAGCAGCAGUAGCGGCAGCAGCUCCAGCAGCGGCAGCAGCAGUAGCCGGAGUAGCUCCAGCAGCAGCACCAGUACUAGCGGAAGCAGCAGCCGAGAUAGCAGCAGCAGUAGCAGCAGUAGCAGCGAGAGUAGGAGUCGGAGUAGAGGCCGGGGUCACAAUCGGGAUAGGAAGCGCAGGAGGAGCGUGGAGCGGAAGCGGAGGGACCCUUCGGGACUAGAAAGAAGUCACAAGUCUUCGAAAGGUAGUGGCAGAGAUGCCAAAGGAUCGAAGGAUAAGAGCUCUCGGUCCUCCGACCGAAAGAGGUCCGUAUCAGAAAGUAGUCGGUCAGGCAAAAGAUCUUCGAGGAGUGAAAGAGACCGUAAAUCAGAUAGGAAAGACAAAAGGCGUUAACCGGAAGAAGCCAGGCUUCCUUAACAGCAGAAGGAAGAUUUCUUUGCAGCGGGGAAGAUUCCUUGGUGAAGCAGAGAAUUCCUUUCCUCGUAAGGAAGGAGGCUGCCUUAAGAAAUGCAUGUUGUAAAAUUCUUUUUGGAAAAAUACAGAGACUGUUUGUUUACCAGACAUUCUUGUACUUUUUACAUAAUUUUGUAAGAGUUAUCAAAAUUAUGUGAAAUUCCAGAAAAAUGGAAAAAAAAGAAAUAAAAAAGAGAUUCACA